UGUCUUUCAUUUUAUCGGGCAAAUGAAUCGGAACAAAAAAAAGGUACCAUUAAAAGAAAAAAAGAAGAAAAGAGAAGCGAAAGCAAAAACGUGUUACAGAUUGUUGAACGAGUAGAAUGGCAGCUACAAACAUCUCAGCCAGUGGAAUAGUUCUGGAACCACUCACAAGAGACAACUACGACAACUGGAGUGCUCUUGUGAGGAACUAUCUAAUAGGUCAAGGUCUUUGGGAAGCUGUCAAUUCUGUUUCUGAAAUUAGUGUGCAACCCAAAGAGGUUUCUGAUUCUUGGAAGAAGAACAAUGCCAAGGCUUUGCAUAUAAUUCAGCUAGCAUGUGGGAUGGAGAUUCUUAGUCAGAUUAGAGGCGUUGAAACAGCCAAAGAAGCUUGGAACAGAUUGGGCGCGUUAUAUAGCUCACAAUUAAAAGCCGAUCCAGAUAUUGAGCAAGGUGUGGUGGAUGAUAGUCUCCAUGAAUAUAAACCACUGCACAGAUAUGUGGAGAGUGGUGAUUGGAAAAAUGCAAAAUCAAUGAUCAAUAAAGAUGUCAAGGCCAUAUUUUCCACCUCCUCUACGGGGAGGACCGUUCUUCACGUUGCAGUGAUUGCUGGGUACGAAAACAUUGUGAGGAAUUUGGUGAAGAUAGGGAAAGAGAAACUAGUUAAAAUGCAAGACAACUAUGAUUACACUGCCCUUGCUCUCGCUGCUGAAUAUACCGGAAACGUGAACAUGGCAAAGUGCAUGGUGGAUCAGAAGAAGGGAGGGAAGGAUCUGCUACUGAUAAAGACAAAAGGUGGUGAAAUCCCUGUUCUUCUUUCUGCUGCUAAGGGCUACAAAGACAUGACUCGCUAUCUUUACUCUCAGACUCAGCUUGAAGCGUUCAUCGACAAAAAUUCCCACAUUGGGGUUUUGCUUCUUGCACGAUGCAUCACCGCUGAAAUAUUUGAUGUGGCUUUGAGUUUAAUCCAUCGCAUUCCAAAGCUGCCUCUAACCCAUGAAUCCGAUGGCCAACGGCCUUUAUACGCAUUGGCACACAUGCCUUGUGCAUUCCCUAGUGGCAGUGGAUUUGGACGUCUCCAACAACUCCUUUAUGACAUUUUAAGAUUAGAAAGAGUAGAGCUCCAAAACUUGUGCAGAAUAACCAUUCACAAUUGCGGAAAAACCAUUCGGAUUGUGCCAGAUGUUACUGAUCAAGUAGAAGGCCUACAUGUUGCUCAAGAGGAAGGCCAACAAAAUAACUCCUUCGUAGGAAGGUUCUGUGAUAUGGCUUUGAAUUUUCCGCCUGUAAAGCUCUUGGGUCGAUUGCUUAUAUUCCUUUAUCUGUUAUUUCAAAAUUAUAUACUUUUGAAGUUCUCUUCUGGAAUAAGCGAAAUAUAUGAACAGAAAAAGACCCACCGUCUAGUUCUUGAAAUACUGAAUUGCUUGUGCCAAAGAAUUUCGGAAUAUAAGGAAUCGCAGCUGCGAGAGGCUUCAGCGUACGACGCGAUGUUGCAGGCAGCGAAGCUUGGAAUCAUUGAGUUCAUAGAUGAAAUGAGGAAGACAACUCCUGAUCUCUUAUGGGCCAUUGAUAAAAACAAGAGAGGCAUAUUCGCGCAUGCAAUUCUCAAUCGUAGAAAAGAUGUCUUCCGACUCUUAAACCGUGUCAAUGGACGGAAGGAGAUCAUCAGAUGUAGCGCAGACGUCUUUGGCAAUACCCUUUUGCACUUGGCAGGAUAUUUAGGGCCUUCCUCUGAUCUUGAUCGAAGAUCCGGUGCUGCUCUCCAAAUGCAAAGAGAACUCCAAUGGUUCAAGGUUGUUGAGAAAAUUGUGCAUCCCAAGUGUAAGGAAGAGAAAAAUUCAGAUGGUAAGAAGCCCCGCGAGCUGUUCAGUGAAAGCCACCUGGAGAUGGUGAAAGCUGGUGAGAAAUGGGCAAAAGACACAGCUGGUUCUUUCACUCUUGUGGGUACUCUCAUCACUACCAUCAUGUUCGCUGCGGCUUUCACUGUCCCCGGUGGAAACCAUCAAGAAACUGGAGCACCCAUCUUCUUACAUGAUCACAUAUUCACUUUGUUUAUCAUAGCAGAUGCAAUAUCUCUCUUUACUUCUUCCACUUCAGUUCUGAUCUUCAUUGGGAUCCUCACGUCGCGUUAUGCUGAGAAGGAUUUCCUCAAGACACUGCCGUUGAAGUUACUUUGUGGCCUUGUGACCCUUUUCUUGUCUGUGGUGGCAAUGAUGGUAGCAUUUUGUGCUUCGCUUGCUAUGAUGCUGAAGGGAUAUCAACGACUCAUAAUAGCAGCCAUGUCACUUGCGAGUAUUCCAGUUAUUGUACUAGUACCGUCACAGCUUCGCCUCUUCCUUGAGAUUUUCAAUUCUACAAUGAAUGCAACAUAUAUCAAGUGAAGGGAACCUAGAGUAAGUGCUAAUUGACUAGUCUAGGCCAUUGGAGUAGUUGUUGGCAAUAUGUAUUUGGACCAGGGACUGAGGCAAAUGGAUUCUGCAGGAAGAAAUAAUUAAGAUAUCGUAAUAAUAGUAGAGUUAUCUAGCUAAGAAAAUGGUGAGAUCAUACACAGGUGCUUCAAAUUUGAUAUAUUUGCUUAUCUUCAAAA